AUGGAGGAACAGCUAUGUCUGACUUUAAUAUUACCAAGCCGAGUAGUUGGGAUGAAGGGAGCAAAGCGGCAACUUCAGCAGGGCAGUGGAGAUCGCGGGAAUGUCACUGCAAUCAUAACUGUGUGUGCGGAUGGCACAACAGUGCAGCCCACACUCAUUUUCAAGGGCAAGAAUAUUAUGAAAAAGUGGGGGAAUAAUAAUAUAGCAAAUGGAUCGAUUGCUGCAUCACCAAAUGGCUGGACUGAUGGCAAGCUUGGACUGUAUUGGAUCCAAGACUUUAACAUAAAAAUAAGAGAAAAAGCAAAUGGCCAGACUUGGGUACUCUUCCUUGACGGACACUCCUCUCAUCACACAUCAGCACUGCUUUGUUAUGCCCAAGAAAAUAAGAUUGAAAUACUUACCUACCCGCCUCACACAACCCAUGCUCUACAGGGUCUAGAUGUUAUCUGCUUCGCCAUCUACAAGACUGCCUGGAAAGAUGAGGUGAAAAAAUUUGAGAAGCAAGAGAAGCAUAAAGUUACCACUGCUGACUUCACAGGAGUGUCCAGCAGAGCCUUCUUACAUGCUUUCACUCCAGAGGUUGUCCGCUCCUCAUUUGCAGCUACUGGCAUCUUUCCAUUCAACCAGAAUAUCAUAUCUACUUCACAGAUGAAGCCAAGUGAAGCCACAUCUGUGAAAGGAUCAUUCCCUAUGCAACAAGCAAGUCCUGUACGGGCCAUCAUGGCAGUGUACCAAUAUCAUCAGCCAACAUCAUUAGAAACCUCACCAAACACUCACAGGCCUAUCAUAUCCUCCAAAAAUCCACAAACUCCCACCCGACAUCACCCAAAUGCACCACUUGAUGAUAGCAUUGAUCCAGCACUUUUCACUCCCUCAAAACAAGUUCGGAUCAUGACUGCUAGCCUGGCAAAAACAGCAUCUGGGAGCUUUCUUGUGUUGAAGGCUCUAGUUACAUCUUCCAGUCUGAUUACAAAGCCUGUUCUCGAAGGCCCACCAGAUAUACCAAUUCCCAAGUGGUCCCUCGUAGCUUCUACAGUCUCUGUAUCUGAGAUGUUGCACAAUGAUGUCAUGCACCAAAGUUGA